AAACGAGCAUACCCUGUACCAGCGCUAAAUCUCCGCCCACUGAGCCACCGCCACUGCUGCUGCACAACUGGCUCUCUAAUUCAGUGCUGUUAUGGUUUGACCCCAUAAUAAUCGACCCAGUAAGCAGCUGUGUAUUCCUUAAAACGCACUCAACGCCGCUUGGUGUUGAUCCGAGCUGGAGGGCCAUCAGAGGAUCCGGGCGGGAUGUGCUCCGUCAUGGGAUGCGACUCGUUCCUCUUGAGCACUACGCAGCGCUUCAGGCUACCGGAGGACCCGGAGAAAAGACUGGAAUGGGUGCAGUUUCUUGCCAAAACCAAUGGUCAGGUUUUCAAAGAGUCGUCCUGGACUGAUAUCAAGAUCUGCAGCGAGCACUUCACAGACGAUUGUUUUGAGAACUUGACCCUGAUCCAAAUGGGGUUCGGCCGCACGCUCCAGCUGAAGUCCAGCGCUGUCCCAUCACUUUGUCCCAGGUCACCAGGAGCCACCGUCUCAGUCUCAGCAAGUGAGGAGGAAAAUUCAGAUGUUGGAUGUCGGGAUGAGGAACUGAGCGUUUCUUCAGAAUCUUGUCCUGAAGAAAAAGUGUUCAGUUCAAAGGGUGUCCAAGUAAGCCCAGCACCGUGUGGUAUCUCAGUUUCCUGUUCAACUGAUCUUUCAUAUGUUGUUACUCCUGGAGGGGUCCAGACACAGCAGGAGAUCAUAAAUGCAGAAAAAAAAUUAAGCAAGGAAAAAGCUGCCCUUCUGCAGGAGAAAGGAAAGUAUCUUGUGAAUGAAAGCUGUCUCCUGCAGCUGUUCCGGCGGAACUGUCCGUCAUGUGGCAGCAAAUGUCAGCUGGAGAAGAUCAUGCAUGGCUUACUUGUCAUCGUGGUCCAGCAGUGCCUUAAGUGUGACUACAGAAAACAGUGGAAGAGCCAGGCCCAGACUAGCCUCCCACUUGCCGUAGACCAAUACCUGUCAGGAGACAAAGAUGUAACUGCAGGGACCCAACAGGCAUUGCCUUCAGGAGAUAGCCACAACUCCAGCAACGUCCCAGUUAUCUCUGAGACUAUUACUUUUAGCGAUGACAGUGAUUCAUCCGAUGGAGGGGACGACAGUGAGGACGGCAAAAAGAACUUCAAUUCAGAUGGUGAAUGGAGCCCCCCGGAGGACAACUUGACUGAGGAGGUCACUAAGGAAUCUGAUGAGGAGGAAAUUCCUGAUGAAGAAAGUCCUGAGGAAAACUAUCCAGCUGGCCUCAAACUCAAUCAGCUCUGCCCGGAGUGCGGGAAGUUUUUCAACAUUCUGAGGCCUCACACAUGCGAGUACAAAAUCAAGCCCUAUGCCUGCAAUGUGUGUGGCAAGAGAUGCGUUUCUGAGGUCUCUCUAAAAACUCAUAGCAAAAUCCAUAAUGAAGACUACGAGCAUCGAUGCAGGUACUGCCUCAUGUCGUUUAAGACAAGGCUAGACAAGCUUGCACACGAGCAGACCCACCGCCCUAGAUCAAAGCCCUAUCAAUGCCCCGACUGCUCAGAGCUGUUUGCUAACAGUAAACUGCGCAACAGACACCUGCUAGAGCACCGAGGCCCCAAGAAACACAUUUGUGACGUCUGCAAGAUGGAAUUCAACUAUAUCCAUCAGCUCCGGAGACACUCGGUCGUGCACACGGGAGUGAAGCCGUUUGUGUGCGAGGUGUGCCAGCGCUCCUUCAACCAGUCGGGCCACCUCAAAUCGCACAUGCGCCUGCACACCGGGGAAAGGCCUUAUAAAUGCAAGCACUGUGGCACGAGCUUCAAUCACAAUGUCAGCUUGAAAAGUCACGUCCAGCGCUACCACAGCCAAGUCCCUGGAUCGGAGAGAAAACGGCAGAUGGAGAAGACGAGCCUAAAUCAGUCUGAGUCCGAAAAGGAUGAGACGAACGAAAUGGACUGCCAGACUGGCGAUGAACAGGAGAAGGAGAAAGACUUUGAUAUUGUGGAAUUUGAAGGGAAAGAGGAGGAGAAAGAGGCAGAGGAGGAGCAGGAGGAAGAAGAGGAGGAUGAGGAGGAAGAGGAGGAGGAGGAGCAGUCAGAGGAGGAGAAGAAGCAGGUGGUGAAAAAGAAGAGCACUCAAAAAUGUAAAAAGAGACCCACAGGGAGACCGAAAGGAAGGCCUAAGAGGAACGCAGCAGUCAAGGGAGAAAGCUUGAUUCUAGCAGUGAAAGCGGAGGAUUCAAACGCAGACGCUGACACAUUUCAGGCGGAGUAUUUGAAAAGCGCGACUUCCUGCGGUGAUGGGAGUAAGGAGGAGCAGAGUGACAGUGACCCAAAUUUUGACUCAACAGAGAAAGAGAAGAGAAACAAGAACACCGGCCGACGCAGAGGAAAACCAAAGACCUCUGAGGAUAGUGACUCUGACUUUAAUCCAGCAGAAAAGAAGAGGAAAAAGAAGAGUGGAGGGCAAAACAGUAAUAGUACGAGCAAAAGAGGAAGACCAAAGAAAAAUACGGCAGUCCGAAAACCCUUAAAAUGAUCAAUUUGUUGCUGAAGAAUCAACUGAGGGUGUAGGAUUUGGCUGUAAACGGUUAUAGAGAAGACAGGAGCAAUACACACACAGUAGGGACAGGCACGACAGAAAUGAUACAGUAUGUGUGAUUCGAACAGUUCUACCAAUCAGAGAAACAAAAUCUGAACUCAAAUCUGUAGGUCUGCAAGUUUUAUUGCCUUUUACUGUUUUGAAAAGCGAAGAUUUCACUGAUAUUGUUGCUUUGAUUUCAAAAUAGGCCUACCUUUGAAUCCUCUUAACUGCUAUGUGUGUUUUGGGAUCAAAUUCGGUUAAAAAAAAAAAAAAAAGUAGUUCACACAGGACUGAUGUUAAUGCCAGUGUUCCUUACUAUUUCUGUGUUCUGUUAUUCUCCAGUAGUUUUGCUUCCAUUAUACUGUUUUUGUAACUCCAGUAAAGCCAUGUUGUUUCCUAAUCUUGUUUGCAUCUAAAAUGCAUCUUAAACCCCA